AUGAGUUUCUUCAAAUCAUUCACAAGAAGCAAUGAACCCAAUUACUCGAGAUUGGGUCAAAAUUCCGAUACCCUCCCUACUCCAGUUACACAGUCCGACAGACCAAGCUCGUUCAAAUCUACGUUAAAUAGAUUGAACCCAUUCUCGGACAAUUCAAUACAAUUACAAGAUGAAGAAAUUGUUACUUCAGAACCAGGCUAUUUUGAACUCUCUCGAUGGGACAGAAUGCUUAUAUUUGCUCUCACGUUCGGGGGCUCUUGUUGCUGCUAUUUAAUUUGUAUAUUCUUAUUUCCGAUAUUGUCCCUUAAACCUCGAAAAUUUGCCCUCCUAUGGUCACUAGGGUCGAUUUUCUUUUUGAUUAGUUUUGGAGUGUUGCAAGGUUUUAAACCUUAUAUGGAACAUUUAUUCCUGUCAACAAGACUCAUAUUUACAGUGGUUUUUGUUUCAAGUAUUAUAUUGACUUUAAUAAGCAGUGUCUCAUUGAAAAGUACCUUGUUGUCGAUUAUAUUUGCUGUAAUACAACUAGGCGCGGCACUUUGGUAUACCGUGAGUUACUUCCCUAUGGGACGUCAAACAUUAAACUUGGCUGGAACUGUUGCCAGAGGACAGGUCGACAAUUGGUUAAGUUCUUAG